AGGAUAUGUAUUUUCGGCAUUGGAGCUUCCGCCUCCGGUUUUUGGGGGUUAAAUAAAAAGUACUUGUCCGGCUGGCGGUUCAAUGACCAUCCAGCCGACCGGCGACGAUGCUAUCUGGGCAAAGUAUAUUGCCAUCGACCAUCCAAUGCUCCUUACCACAUUUACUAAUGGGGCUUGUUUUACCUAUCGCUGGAAAAACAAAAAUAAACAAAACGUAAUGUGCAGAACGAGUUGCAAGGUCGACGAACGUUGAGUGCGGUUCCCAAGCCCAGUUCUAAGUCCCGAGUUCCCGGAUUCCGGGCCCAAGUCUGUGCAGUUGACUUAAUGCCCGGCUCUGUGAGCCAAACACGUUUUUCGCUAGCGCAUAAUUUGUGGACCAAAACCAUCAGAAUGCCCAGCUCCAUGAUGUCCGUGAUGAUGAUUACGCUGCACUCGCUGAGCCUGAGCUGGAUUUUUAAUUGGCCUAGUCCAUUGAGUGCUCCAUUUGCCGGUUUCCCAUCUGUGUACUCAUCAGAUAUCUGCUGGCCAAGGUGCCAGUGGGGUGAAUUGCAGGACAGAUGCCCAACGAUAAUGGACAGCUGAGAUUUGCACUCGGAUAGCAGUAACUGUGAAAACAAGUUUGAAUUGCAAAUGAGUGAAUUGCGAAUGAACUGGGAAUUUUCCAAUUGCUAUUUGAAGAACUAAAUGGGCUUUACGCAGAUAUCUUGGCGACGAAACCAGAAUCGAUGAAUUCACAUUGGAAAGAAAAUAAAGCUUUUAUAUCUCUAUUGAAAGUAAAUUUAAAUAAAAUGUUUUAAAUUUAAGUCAGUUGUGUAGUUUGAGUGAAAAGUACUGAAACAU